GAAAUACUUUGUAAGGUAACAAAAGGAAAAAUUCAAGGGUUUUACCCAGGUCAAGCCAGAAGCCAGAAGCAUUCGCACUUUCACACCAGGUAAUUACGCAUUUGACAGGUCAGCCAGCAUUGUCGUUGCAUUGGGCCAGGUCAGCGAGGGCUGGCCAACAGGUAGCAGCGCAAACAGCAAAGGAAUCACAUCCGCUCUUCGCUUCGCUCGCUCGCUCAAUUUCCAGUUACCAAUCGAACUGUCAGUUAUGGAAAGCCAACGCAGUGUUAACAAUAGCAGCCACAACAACAACAACAAUGGCAAUCAUCGUCGUGGCGCUCGUCCCAGCGUGGGUUACUUGCUGUUCCAGUAUCAGAGCGAGUUGACCCGUCGCCAUGCCGAACCCACGCGCUUGUCCCGCACCAAAAUCCACAUCAUCGACGGCCUCGUCUCGCGGACCAUUCGCCAUCUGAAGCACUGCAGCGUGGAGGAGUUGCAGGCCUGCAAACGGGAGCUUGUCUACAAGGAACAACUACGCGACGAGCUGCGCAGCCUGCGACGCCGGAAGAACGUCAGUUCCAGUUCCAGCUCCAGUUCCAGCACGAAUUCCAAUGCCAGCUCCACAUCCGCUGCUACCACUGGAACGUCCAUUAAGGCGCCCAAUACGCCGCCCAAGCCGCGUGCCAGCAAACAAACAACUGUAACCAUCUAUGGACCCGAGAUAUUUGUCUAACAACAUUACUUUAAUUGUACAAAUAGUUAUAGUUAUAGUUAAUGCUUAAUUAAGUUCUAGUUUAAUAUUUGACCUUAAUUGUUGACGAUUAAAAAUCAAA